UGGGUUUUCUUUCCUGUUUGAUAUUUUGUUGGUGUUUUGAUCACUUCUAUCUCUUAAUAUGUUUUAAAAAUGAAUGUUUAAUUUAAAAUUGGUUGAUUAGUAAGUUACAGUUAUAAUCUUACCUGUUAGUGAUUUGAUCCCUUACUCUUGUUCUGUUUUUGUCCGCUUUAAGUGAAAAGUUCCUGUCUUUGUCAAUUUUCUUUGGUUUUGUCUCACUGGGUUAGUACUUUCGUUUUUUUUUUUUUUGGUUAUGUAUGUGUUUAGAUUUCAGAGAUUUGUGUCUUAGGGUUUCAUCAAGUGAGUGGUUUUAUUUGAUUUGAUUUGAUUGUUUUUGCUGUUGGGCUUUUCUUUUCUUUAUUGGCAUAGCUGGACUCAAGAUUUCAACUUUUUAUUUUUCUUGGGAUAUAUGAAGGACUUCAACUUUCGCUUUGAAUUUUCAUUUAUGCCUUGUUUCAUACUCUACUGCUACAUAAUUGGUAAAGUUGCUUAAUUUUUGGAUGUGGUUGUUUGUCAUGGUUAUGCUUUCCAAAGUUCAUAGCAAAAUGAAGGCUACAGAAAACCCUUUUAGGAAUCUACAAGAUUCUGAGAGUUUACCUGCUGUACAAGUACUGCUCUUCAUGACGUUGGAGACUUUAGAAAGAUUGGUUUUUCUCGGAAGAUUUAAUGGAUUUAGAAUUUGUAGUGAUAGUACAUUAGGGAAUCUAGGUGGCUCCAUAUCUUUGUGAGUGCCUCUGGUUCUGCACAUGGAAAGUACAUGAAUUGCCAUUACAGUUUACAUCUAAGGUUCAGAUGUAGUGUUUUGAGAACCAAGAGGAUCCACUACAGGGAGUUUGUGUUACUUUCCAAAACCAUGAAGAAACUUUGUGUGUGAAUUUAAUGUUUGACAAUUCUACAUUGCAGUUCCAGAUGCUUAAAGUGAUUGAACUUGGUCUUGUGUGGAUCAUUUCCUUUUUUGCAUCUAAGCAAAAUGUAUUUUCUACCUAGAUAUGUUUGCGGGUUUGAUUUAGGGGCAUCAAAUUGUCUGGUUUAGUAUGACGAUUAAUGUAUAUGUCCUCACUGCUUUCUGGUAAAGGGCAAUCACCUAUUGAAGGGUCCUAUGUCAUUGCUAUUGUUGCUUCUCUAGUUUCUUAUUUUCCGAGUGCUCUGAUAUCACAUACUUGGCUCUUGGACAUAUUACCUAUGCUGUACUAUCAAACAUGUCUACACUGGUGAACUGUGCAGUUGCUGGCAAGGUUCAUUCGACUGUCCAUUGAAACACUUGACUGAACUGAAUUGUGUUUAAUUCUUAUCUGGAAGCGAUCUGUCAUCAUGUAAUUUACAGGUCAUUAUCUAUCUUGGUCACUUACUUUACUGUUAUGCAGCAAGUUUGAGGGAGAUUUUUGCACAUAAUUUGCUGAAGUUCUGGUUCUUUUCAGCAAAUAUCAGUUCUUACAAAGGUCCUGUUUUCCACUUUACACAUGGUUAUUCAAGGAUAACAGAAAUGUAAUGAGUUACAAGUAUUAACUAAGAAACAAAUAGCCUUAUAAGGUCAUGGCCUAGUAUCGCCCAUGCAAGGAUAGCUUUUUACAAUGCAAACAUGAAGAAAAUGUCUCGCUACUUCAGCGCUGUUUCUUGGCAGCAUAUGAAGAUCUGCCACCCAGCAUGAUAAAGAAACUAGCAAAGGAAUUGAAGAAUCUUGAAUCCCCGCCCGAGGGCAUUAUAGGGGUAAAUGAUUAUGAUUUUUCAGUCUCAGAAGCUGGUAUUGAAGUCCCAGCUGUAACUGCAUAUAAAAAUAAUGUUUCUCGCAUGAAGCAGCUAUUGUCUCAUGACUUUAGACGCCCUCCUCCAAAAGGUGGAUCAUCAGACCAAGAAUCGAAUGGGUCUGAGACAAAAAGAUCUAGUGUAUCAUCUGGCAGUAGGUCUCGCAUCCACAAAGAGUUUCUUUCUAGGUUUGUGGACAGUCAAACUCUGACAGCCAGACUUGAAGACUGGUUUGAAUUGAUAUCAGAACAGUCUGGGAAAAAAAAGUCUGCGUUUGAUGUUCCAUUUGAGUUGAUAGAACUUCAAAAGUUUGAUUAUGCAUUGGAAGGGGUGUCAUUUCAGCAGCUGGUUCGAAUGCCCAAUGCUGUCUAUGCUUCAACGUCUGAUGCUGCAGAAGCAACUGCUUAUCUUGCCAUUGAAGACUUUCUACAUGCAAGUGUGAAGGGCUUGUGGGAGGCAUUUUGGAGUCAGGAUGAUCCCAUUCCUUUCUCAGUUGCUUGUCUAUACAAUGAAAACUUGAAAUUCUACCAGGCUGAGAAAGCAAUAGGUAAUGGAAAGCUCAGUGGUCUUUGUGCCACUGGUGUAUUACUUAACAACCCUAGACAUCCACAUGGAAUGUGGGACCAUGUUCUUGAACUGGCCCUUCUAAGGCCUCAUAUUAGAAGUGUUGCUGCAGGAAGUGACCAGAAACUCUCUUUAUCUGUUCUGGGUGAGGCUCUCUUCUAUGCUUUACGCAUGCUGCUAUCAAGAAGCUUGAGCAAAUUGAAUUUUUCUGAGAGUCCUAAUUGUGCCUAUGUUCUUCUUGUUGAUUCUCAAUAUGGAGGGGUUGUAAAAGUUGAAGGAGAUGUAGAUAAAUUGGAGUUUGAUGUGUAUAAUGUUUAUGACUGUUCUGUGGAUUGGAUAAAAAAACAUUGUAAAGUCUCAGUCUCUCCUAUUGAUAGGAUCUGGAACAAACUUGGAAAUGCCAACUGGGGAGACAUUGGUGCUCUACAGGUACUUUUUGCUACUUUCCAUUGUAUUGUACAGUAUGCAGGGAUGCCGAAGCACUCAAUUGAAGAUUUAGCAGCUGAUCAUGGUUCUCGCCUCCAAACAAGAAGAGUGGCAAGGCAGUUAGGGGAUUCCAGAGUUAAUGGCAACGGACUAUUUCAGUUUCAGCAACAGAGUGCUUCUCCUGAAAUCGUUGAAGUUCCAGAUGAAUCCAUAAAAAUAAAGUCUGAAGAGUUUAUAAUGAAGCUGGAUGUAGGAUCUGUACUGUGGUUGGAGGACUCAGACCAGCAAAAAGGUUAUCAGAUCAAUGAUGUCGUGCACAAUAAUGAACUGCGGUAUUACAUUGCAUCGCCUGUUAAAGAUCCUGGUAAAUCUUUGUUUCUUUAUGUUGGUUCUCAUCCUUCUCAACUGGAACCGGCAUGGGAAGAUAUGGAUUUGUGGUUUCAAGUCCAAAGGCAAACUAAAAUAUUGACUGUUAUGAGACAGAAAGGUUUAUCUAGUAAAUAUCUACCACAGUUGAGUGCUUCUGGCAGGAUUGUUCACCCUGGACGGUGUCAAAAACCCAGCUCAGGUGGGAACUGUGAUCACCCAUGGUGUGGUACCCCUAUUCUUGUUACCAAUCCUGUUGGCGAGACAGUUGCUGAUAUGGUAAAUGCUGGCAGAUUUGGUUUGGAUGAGGCUAUCAGGUGUUGUCAUGAUUGUUUAUCUGCACUUUCUACUACUUCUUCUGCUGACAUUCGGCAUGGAGACAUUCGGCCAGAGAACAUAAUUUGUGUGAGGUCUGGUGUGAGGCAUCCUUAUUUUGUUCUUGUUGGUUGGGGUCAUGCAAUUCUUGAAGACAGGGAUCGUCCUGCGAUGAAUCUCCAUUUUUCAUCUACCUAUGCGCUUCAAGAGAGAAAAUUGUGCUCAGCUUCAGAUGCAGAGAGCCUGGUAUAUGUGCUCUACUUUGCCUGUGGUGGAGCUUUGCCUGAUUUAGAUUCGGUUGAGGGGGCAUUGCAAUGGAGAGAGACCUCAUGGUCAAGAAGAUUGAUUCAGCUGAAGCUUGGUGAGGUAUCAACUGUGUUAAAAGCAUUUGCUGAUUAUGUAGACAGUCUAUGUGGGACACCAUAUCCUAUAGAUUAUGAUAUAUGGCUAAGAAGGUUAAGGAGAAAUAUUCAUGAUGAUGACCAUGGAAAGCAAGCCGGCACAUCUGGUUAGGAAUUUUCCACUACCUCUAGUGGCAGAAAUGAAUCAAGAAAUCAUCCGGAUCAUUUUCACUGCCCGGGAGCAGUUGAUACAAUAUGAAGUUUUAAGCAUUUGGGGUCGAUUGUUAAACUUGGAUGAUCUGAAGCUUUAUAAAGGGAGAAAAAGAUGGUUCAAAAUUCCGAGAUUGGUUUAAUUGUUCUCCAACAUAGCCUCUCAAUUUUGAUAAUUCUUUUGGCUGUCCCUUCUGUGCUGUAAAUCAUCGGGACCGCGUUGGCGUCUCUGCACAGACCAAGCCACACAAUAUAACACCACCUUCUAUUUUGUUGGCGUGUAGUCCCCUUAUACUGCAGAGGUUUAAAACACGAUUGCCUUAUGCUUUAGUGAUGCGUUUCUUAUUAAUACAUGUAGCACGUGUUGAUGGUAUUCCUUUGUAAAGAUACGAGUUAAAUUACUAUCAAAGUUCUGUAAUUGUUUGAAUCUGAGAUACGGACAUGGCAUCAUUCCUUGUAAUUAGAUUGCAUGACUGUGAACCCAUGUUAUUCUUUUGGUUCA